AUGAUAGACAUCUAUGAAGAUCUAGAGACUGCAAUUACUAGUGCUCCUCCAAGCCCAGAAAAAGAGAGAAGAUUUUUUGAAAAGAUAAGUAAUUUUUAAUUCGAUCUUGAGAAACUUCAAGAAAUUCAAAGUUCAAGUGAAUAUGAAAGAUCAUCUUAGUCUUCAAUAUAAUCCUCUUCAAAUUUCAGCGACAUACUUCAAGAUAAGAACGCUAUUAAGCUAGAAUUCAAGAAUCUGAGCUACAUUCUCAAAACUAAGGACAAUAGCAAUUAGAUCAAGGGAGGGAAAUAGAUUCUAAAAGGGAUAAGUGGAUUUGCUAUUCCUGGUGAAACUUGCUUUAUAAUGGGUGCUUCAGGUUCAGGAAAGACAACACUGCUUAAUAUAUUAAGUUAAAGAACUAAGUGCAUGAACAUGGGUGAUAUAACUGGGAAAAUCAAGGUUAAUGAUGAUUUAGAGAUGAAUGCUGAGAUGUUUGCAAAGUAUGGAGCUUACGUCAUGCAGGAUGACCUAUUAUUCUAAUUCUUUACUCCUAGAGAAGCCUUGCUUUUUGCUGCUAGGAUGAGACUUAAACUUUCAAUUAAAGAACAAGAAGCAAGAGUUGAUAGCCUAAUAGGAGAUCUAGGUUUAGUGAACGCGCAAAAUACAUUAAUUGGCAAUGCCCUUUAAAAGACCUUAUCUGGAGGAGAGAGAAAAAGGACAGCGAUUGGUGUUGAGAUCAUUACCGAUCCUUCUUUGAUUAUUUUAGAUGAGCCCACUUCAGGUUUAGAUAGCUUUAGAUCAGUUUAAAUUAUAAAACUACUAAAUAAGCUAGCAAGAAAAGGCAAGACUGUCAUUUCUAGUAUUCACAGCCCAAACAGUGAGGGCUUCAUGCUCUUUGAUAAGCUAAUAAUAUUAUCAGAUGGACAUAUCAUCUUUUAAGGCCAAGCUAAGCUUGCCCAUGAAUAUUUUUGCCAAAUUGGUUUUUAAUGCCCAACAUUCUAGAAUCCGGCAGACUAUUACAUGAAAACCUUCAGCUAAUCAUACCCACUUAAUGAUUUAGAUUAAAGAAAGAUUGAUCUCUUAAAAUAAUCCUACGAAAUCAAAAUUUCUGAGGCAAUCGCACUUGAAUGUGAAGAGCUGAAAUUACUCAAACCUUAAUUUUAAAAUAUUCAAGAAAAUACAUCCUUUAGAAUACAACUAAUUAAUUUGAUAUCUCGGAAUAAAUCCUAAGCUUUAAGAGACCCAAAACAUUACAGAGCUAGAUUGAUCUAAGCUAUUUAUACAGCUCUACUCAUAGUAAUGCUAUAUCAUAAAAUUACUGCAAGUGAUAAUCAAAAUAAUCAUAUGGACCUAGUUGGUGCAAUUUACUACUCGUGUUAAAAUACCGUUUUAUAAAACUUACUCGCCUCAGUUAUGAUGUUCUAUCCCGAGAGAAGAAUAUUUCUGAAAGAGAGCUCAUAGAACCUUUAUAGUAUCUAUGCUUACUACCUGUCGAAACUAACUCUUGAGAUACCAUUCUUGAUAUUGUAAGCCUGUAUUACAUCAAUAGUCAUAUACUUUGGCUUGGGUCUUGAAUUAGCAUUCUACAAGUUCUUUGGUUUCUUCUUUUCACUUAGCUGUUUGAUUUUGACAGCAGCAUCCUAUGGUUAGUUGAUUGGCUGUAUUUUCACUCGACCUGAGACUGCAUCUUAAGUAGCCCCUUUGAUGAUUAUUCCGUUGAAUAUUGCUGGUGGUUUUUACACAAAUUUAUCUAAUUUGCCAAAAUGGGUUUAAUGGCUCUAAUAUAUCUCUCCAAUAAGGUAUGGACUUGAAUCUAUCCUUUAGCUAUAGUUUGAUGAUGUUGAUUAAGAUGAACUUAAUCCAUUAGAUUAACUUGAUUUUGAUUUUGGUUACAAGACAUGUGUGCUAGCACUAAUAAGUCUUAUGAUUAUAUACAGAAUUUUAUCACUAGUAAUCUUGAAAAGAUUUGUGAAAAAUAAUAUUUGA